GCAAGCAUUUCAGAAAGAAGUAUAUUUUAAGAAAACACAUACAACAAGCGCACUUGGUGACCGAGCCAAACAAACUUGCUUGUGAUUUUUGUAAUUUUACGUUUCAAACUGAAUUGCUUGUAAUAGAACACGAGAAAAGCGAACACGGUGUUACAAAUUUCAUGUGUGCUGAAUGUGAGUAUACAACAAGUUCCAAGACAAGUUUACAGACUCAUUUAAAGAGUCACUUUGUGGACAACGGUGAUUUACACAAACACCAAGCGAUACACACUCGAGACAAGCCUUUUAGGUGUACCGAAUGUGAUUUCAAAUGUAGUUUUGAAUCAAACCUUCGACGUCACCAGAACACCCAUAACCCAAGACAUCAGAAGAUGCAAACUGGAGAGAAGCCUUUUCUUCAAUGUGGUUACUGUGGUUACAAAUGCCGUCGGAAAUCAAGGUUACAACAUCACCAAAGAAUACACACGGGCGAGAAGCCAUACCAAUGUAGUCUUUGCGACUACAAGUGCAGUAACGGGUCAAACUUACAACGUCACAUAAGAAUACACACCGGAGAAAAGCCGUACACAUGCAGGCAUUGCGACUUCAAGUGCAGUUCAAGUACUAACUUACGGGAACAUGAAAUGAGACAUACUGGCGAGAAGCCUUUUCUGUGUAGCCACUGUGAUUACAAAUGCAGUCACAAAUCAUACCUAAAGAAUCACCUGACGAUACAUACUGGGGUGAAACCAUUUCAAUGUAGCCGCUGCGAUUACAAAUGCAGUGACAAAUCACACUUAAAGAAGCACCUGAUGAUACACACUGGGGAAAAUCCAUUUCAAUGUAGCCGCUGCGAUUACAAAUGCAGUUUCAAAUCAAACUUAAAGAAUCACCUGAUGAUACACACUGGGGAGAAGCCAUUUCAAUGUAGCCACUGUGAUUACAAAUGCCUUCACAAAUCAAGCUUAAAGAGACACCUGAUGAUACACACUGGGGUGAAACGGUUUCCAUGUAGCCACUGUAAUUACAAAUGCAAUGAUAAAUCGCACUUAAAAACACACCAGAUGAAACAUACUGGGGCGAAGCCAUUUAAAUGUAGCCACUGCGAUUACAAAUGCAGUCAGAAAUCACACCUAAAGUAUCACCUGAUGAUACAUACUGGGGUGAAACCAUUUCAAUGUAGCCACUGCGAUUACAAAUGCAGUCAGAAAUCACACUUAAAGUAUCACCUGAUGAUACAUACUGGGGUGAAACCAUUUCAAUGUAGCCACUGCAAUUAUAAAUGUAGUAUCAAAUCAAGCUUAAAGAAUCACCUGAUGAUACAUACUGGGGUGAAACCAUUUCAAUGUAGCCACUGCAAUUAUAAAUGUAGUAUCAAAUCAAGCUUAAAGUAUCACCUGAUGAUACAUACUGGGCAGAAGCCAUUUCAAUGUAGCCACUGUGAUUACAAAUGCCGCAAUAAAUCAAACUUAGUAAGACACCAGAAGAUGCAUACAGGGACGAAGUCUAUAGACGUAACAAUAGCGAGUACUAGUGCAGCCUGAAACAGCGCCUGCGAAGACACCAGAUCAUACACGCGGAAGAGAAGCCUUGUAGGGAACGUUCGCGUUGGAGGGUAUGCUGCCUUUUGACCUAAAUCGGAAAGUUAAUCCUGUGCUGCCCCCUACAGCUCACGCGCGCUCCCGUGUACUAAUGUAAUCACUGCAAACACGAGUCAAUUUAAACACGUUUUAAAAAUACCUUAUGUGGAAAAAUAUCUUUUCACACCACCUAUUCGGAAAAGACCUUUUUUUCCCCGCUAGGAGGGAUCAAAGUGACACUUUGCCUCCCUGCUAGGAGGGAUCAAAGUGACACUUUGCCUCCCUGCUAGGAGGGAUCAAAGUAACUUUUCUGUUCAAGCACACUAUUUUUACAUUUUUUUGUACAUUAUUUUUUUAGCUUAAGUUAUCUGUUUAAGCAUCAGAUUGUGUCAACACUAAGAUUUUUUUUAUUUUCCUCAUAGUUGAUGUGAAAAGCAGUAUGUGUCACACGGUAUCAAAAUUAUUUCGUCUUGGGCGUUAACACUUGAAUCCCUCAUUACGCUCAAGAUUCUACUUUAUUGUAGAAUCCAUCGCUUCAUUCAGGAUUCAAUGUACGCCCUUGACGGAAAUAUAUCAUUUUGAUCCCUUGUAACACAAACUACUAUAGUGUAGACCCGCAAACUGUAACUAGAAUGCAGUAACCGGUUUCGGUUACAGUUAUGCCCGAAAAAUAAACGAUAAUCGGUUAUGGUUAUUUUAGAUAAAAAAUAAUAUUUACUUAUUUGUGACGUAUGUAUGUAUGUAAACACUUUAUUGUAAAAAGACAGGUUAAGAUACAAUUAAAAGAAAGUAUACAAUGUACAAAGGCGAACUUAUCCCUAUAAGGGAUCUCUUCCAGUCAAUCUUUGAGCAAUUGAGAGUAGACAAAUGAA